AUGAAGCUCUCCCUCGGCGAUAACGAUGUCGCAGCCAUCGAUGCACCAAUUCGCAGUUCGGAGCGGUCCCCUAAAGACAUUACAGAAAACAUCAUCAGUGAGACGAGGCAGUACUCUGAGAUCCCUCACGUGGCAGAUCGACUCACGCUGCCCAUCGUCCUUGUGUUGGUGGUGGGUGGACUCGAGCGUGCGGCCUACUAUGCUGUCUCUGCCCCAUGGCAAAAUUAUAUGCAGAAUGAUAGUGAGAGCCGCUCUCCACCAGGAGCUCUUGGUUUGGGCCAAGCAACCGCCACAGCCAUCAGUAACGCAUAUCUGGUACUCUCAUCUCUGACACCCGUGCCAUUCGCCAUUGUCGCAGACUUGUGGCUGGGACGAUAUCGCACAUUGGUCGUCGGUCUAAGUCUCGUCACCCUUGGCUGCAUCGUCCAGCUCGCGACGUCCUUGGUACCCCUGCGCUUAGACGCUGGCCUGCCUGGCCUCCUUGUAUCGAUGAUUCUGAUAGCACUCGGCACAGGAGGCGUUAGGACUACCAUAACACCCUUCCUGGCUGAGCAGAGCCGGGAACGAGAGUCUUGCGUCGUUGAAAAUGCCGAUGGCACCAAGCAGUUUAUCGACUCUCGGUUGACACUACAACUCAUUUACAACGUCUAUUAUGCGGUCAUCAACUUCGCUUGUCUUUCCAUGGUUCCAUCGACGCUCUUGGAAAAGCAGAGCGGGUUUUGGGCAUCAUAUACGCUAGCCACUGCGUGUACCUCUCUAGCACUGGCUUUCUUGAUCGGCGUGUCUUUCCGUCUCGUCAAGGUCGUUCCGGGUCAAAAUAUCCUGGUGCCGGCUGCUAAAGUCAUGAAUAAUGCGAUACGGAAUGGUUUCGUGCUAGACCGAGCCAAGAGUCCAUACCAGCUUUCACAGCAUGGCAUCAGCCCUCCUUACACCGAUGCCUUCGUCGACGAAGUACGCAACACUAUGCAAACCUGUCGUGUCCUACUGUCAUUCGCCAUUUUCUAUCUCUGCGCUAAUCAAAUGAAUAAUAAUCUGGUCUCGCAGGCGGGCCAGAUGCAGCUAUCUGGUAUUCCAAACGACAUGGUUCCAGUGUUCGCUUCAGUCACCUGUUGCGUACUUGCGCCAAUCCUGCAGGCAUUGUGGAGCUUUCUUGCGCGCCACAAAAUCAUAUUUAGCGCACACUUUUUGAUCGAAUGGUCCUUUGUUAUGUGCGCUGUUGCGAUUGCCCUCGCAGCGGUAACGCAACACCUGAUCUACACAUCCCCACCCUGCUACGAUCGACCGAGGACAUGCGGGCCCGACGGAAGACCCAACAAGAUCAGUGUCUGGGUUCAGCUUCCGACGUAUAUCAUUGCUGCACUGGCGGAGACUGUGGGAUUCGUCACGGCUAGCGAAUAUGCUUACUCGCAUUCGCCCCCGAAUGCUAGAAGCAUGAUACAAGCCUUCUCGCAGCUGGCAGCCGCCCUUGGAAGCCUACUUGGCCUUGCCACCAGUCCGGCGGCACGAGAUCCUUGGUUGGUCGUGUACUACGGUGCUCUAGCGGGUGUCAUGCUGGCUGCUGCCUUUGUGUUCUGGUGGUUCUUUAGGAAAGUAAAAGCAAAUCAAGGCGGAGGUCAGCAUGAGCAGUGA